CCAGGGUAUAAAAUGGAAACUAAUCUCAGCAGAGGAGCCGCCUGCCUACUGCAACCAUGGCUGCGAUGGCCCUCUUCCAAACGCUCCUCCUGUUGGGACUCGCCAGCGCCAAGAGGUUCCAGUGCUUCCCUGAGUAUUGCCUCCAGGACAAAGACUACGAGGAGCUGCUGAGCAUUGUGAAGAAUGGGCUGGAGCCCACCGCGCGUCCGUCCAGCGUGGUCAUCGUUGGGGCUGGGAUCAGCGGGCUGACAGCAGCCAAGCUGCUCCGAGAUGCCGGCCAUAAGGUGACCAUUCUGGAAAUCAGCAAUAGGGUGGGUGGGAGGAUCAGGACUUACCGGGAGAAGGACUGGUACGUGGAGCUGGGAGCCAUGCGCCUGCCGAGCAAGCACAGGCUGGUGCGUGAGUUUAUAAGGCAGUUUGACCUGAAGCUCAACCCGUUCCGCCAGACAGAUGACAACGCCUGGUAUUUUGUGAAUGGCAUCCGAGCCAGAGUGGCAGAAGUAAACAGAAACCCUGACAUCCUGAAUUACACCCUGAGGCCGUCAGAGAGGGGCAAAAGUGCCAGCCAGCUCUACAGGGAAGCUCUGCAGUCGGCUUUCAAGGAGUUCCAGACCACGAACUGCAAGGAGUAUCUGGCUAAACACGACUCCUUCUCCACCAAGGAAUAUUUGAUUAAAGUUGGAAAUCUGAGCCGAGGAGCUGUGCAGAUGAUCGGAGAUUUGCUGAACGAGGAGUCGGGCUUUUAUCUGUCCUUCCUUGCCUCGCUGUGGGAUUUUGAUAUCUUCUCUCAUGGGGAGAGCUUUGACGAAAUCACAGGAGGUUUCGACCAACUGCCCAAAGCCUUCCACAAAGCACUGCCGGGCGUCAUCAAACUCAAUUGCACGGUGGAAAAAAUCAUGACGAAGGGAGGGAAGGUCCGGGUGUUCUACCGUGCUCCUGACACCCUCGCCCUGAGCAUAGAGACUGCAGAUUACGUCCUCGUCACCUCCUCGGCCAAAGCCACGAGGCACAUCCAGUUCUUCCCACCUCUCUCCCCUGCCAAAAACGACGCUCUCCGCUCCAUCCACUACGCCAGCGCUUCCAAAAUCGCUUUGGCGUGCACGGAGAAGUUUUGGGAGAAGGAUGGCAUUCGAGGAGGGCAAUCCAUCACCGACCGCCCCUCCAGGUUUAUCUACUACCCCAGCCACAACUUCUCCAGCGGGGUCGGGGUCAUCUUGGCCUCCUACACCUGGAACGACGACGCUGAGUUCCUCAUGCCUUUAGCGGAUGAGAAAUACUUGGAUUUGGUCCUCCAAGACCUGGCGGACAUCCACCAGGUGAGCAAGAGUUACCUGCAGUACACCUGCGACCGCUACGUGAUACAGAAGUGGCAGCUGGAUAGGCAUUCCCUGGGAGCCUUCGCUGCCUUCACGCCCUAUCAGUUCACCGAUUACUCCCAGGCUCUCUUUGAACACGAGGGAAGGGUGCAUUUUGCAGGAGAACACACUGCCCAACCUCACGCCUGGAUCGACACCUCCAUGAAAGCUGCCGUGAGGGCAGCGAGCAACAUCCACGAUGACAGCGAAACCCGAAAUCUCAACCUAAACCUGGAGGGCUUCGUGGAAAAGGGAGAGCUCUGAGCUCGCUGGGUUGGCGGUUGGAACGUUCUUUUGGUGAGGUCGAUCACUUUCCAUGAAGAUUCGGCCAACGUGCGUUGGCAGGAAAGGUGUUAAAGAAAAAUAACUGGGGGAAAAAAAAUAAAUGGAAAAGUCUCCUGUCCUCAGAUGGGACACUAACAACCUCCAGGUCCAACACUUGGGAAAGGGGGGAUUCCUGAAAGAGAGCCAACUUCAUGUAGGCUUUGUGACCGUGUAAUGCUCAGAUGCAACGCAGCGAGUCCCAGUUUGUGCAGAGAAUGGCUCAGAUGGAAUAAAAUCAUCA